GCGGGAGGGAGGGUUCCGCGCCUCGGCUGCCCCGCCGCCAUCGCGGGGUGGCCCUCAGCGGGGGCAGCAAGCGCCUCCGGCAGCUCCUCUUGCCACCUCCCACCUCGUUUCCCCUACCGCUACCGGUCCCUGCGGCGGGACGGCGUGUGAGUAAGCGACCGUUGGUGUCGCCGGGGAUGGAGCAGACUGUUUGCGCCCGCGGUGGCAGCGCCCUGAGGAAGGCCCGGGCGGGAUAGAGGCCGGCGGAGCUGUGAAGUCGUGGGCUGGCGCUCGCUCCGCGGUGAUUCAGUAUCAUUUUGGAGAGUUUGGAAAUUAUUCCCUUGUGGUAAAGACCCAAAGUACAAGCAACAAAACUGUUUCUUGUGACCUAGUCAUCAAUGAAGGCCCUAUCAACAGCUAUCUCCCUAUUCUCGUUGCUUUCCUGGUUUACAUGGGAAUCCUUGCUGUCCUGAUUGCUGGGCGCCUUUCUAUGAAAAUUGAUCCAGUCAGAAACUGGGUUUACAAGAAACUGAACCCCAGAGAAACUGAUCGUCUGAUUAAUUCGGAGUUGGGGUCUCCGAAGCCAGCAGACUCAGUGAGCAGUGAUGCCACCCUGGGGCUGUGGGGCACAGCCCCUCGGCAGCGCCUGCGCUCCCUGGACACCUUCCGAGGGCUCUCUCUCACAAUUAUGGUGUUUGUUAACUAUGGAGGAGGAAAGUACUGGUUCUUCAAACACGAGAGCUGGAAUGGGUUAACAGUGGCAGAUCUGGUGUUUCCAUGGUUUGUGUUCAUCAUGGGGACAUCGAUAGCGUUGUCACUGAGCUCCAUGCUGACGUGGGGAAGUUCCAAGUGGAAGGUGCUCAGGAAAAUCCUCUGGAGGAGUUCUCUGCUAAUCUUGCUGGGAAUCAUAGUUGUGAAUCCCAAUUACUGCCUUGGACCAUUGUCCUGGGAUAAUUUGCGCGUUCCUGGGGUGCUCCAGAGGCUGGGAUUCACCUACCUGGUGGUUGCUGCUCUCGAACUCAUGUUUACAAGAGCUGGAGAUGAGAGUGAGACCAUGGAGACACUAUGUCCCGCCCUGCAGGAUAUUCUCCCCUUCUGGCCCCAGUGGAUUUUCAUCCUAACGUUAGAGGUGAUUUGGCUCUGCCUGACGUUUUUGUUACCAGUGCCAGGUUGUCCCAGGGGCUACCUUGGCCCUGGGGGCAUUGGAGACUUUGGGAACUAUCCCAACUGCACUGGAGGAGCUGCUGGUUACAUUGAUCGCUUGUUUCUUGGAGAAAAGCACAUCUACCAGCAUCCCUCUUCAAGUGUGAUUUACCAAACAAUGAUGCCAUAUGAUCCUGAAGGGAUCCUGGGGACCAUAAAUACCAUUGUCAUGGCAUUUCUGGGAUUACAGGCAGGAAAAAUUAUCCUGUUCUACAAAGACCAGCACAAACAAAUUAUGAGUCGGUUUGUCACAUGGAGCAUAGUAAUGGGAAUUAUUUCUGCUAUCUUGACAAAAUGUUCUAAAGAAGAAGGGUUUAUUCCCAUAAACAAGAACUUAUGGUCAAUAUCAUAUGUGACAACCAUGAGCUGCUUUGCCUUCAUGCUCUUAUUGCUGAUGUAUUACCUUGUGGAUGUCAAGAGACUGUGGUCGGGUGCUCCAUUUUUCUACCCAGGAAUGAACUCAAUCCUAGUCUACGUUGGACACGAAGUGUUUGAAAACUAUUUCCCUUUCAAGUGGAAGAUGCAAGACAGUCAAUCCCAUGCGGAGCAUCUGCUUCAAAACCUCACUGCAACGACUCUUUGGGUCAUAAUAUCAUAUUUACUUUACAGGAGAAGGAUAUUCUGGAAAAUCUGACAGAGGGGGUCAGCAUGUAGCAGGCUUAGACUCUGAUGGGGCAAGUGCAGAAGGUGGAUUAGCCUGAAAUAUUGCCAUUUGUGCUAGGCUCUAUUACUAAAAAGGGAUACCAGUUCAAGUUUACCGUGCCAUGGAAGCUGCAGUCACGACUUUGAUGUGACUUAAGGGACAGUAUUUUCCUAUUUAGCAAAAACUUAUUAACCUGGGGCAGUUGUGCUGGGUUUUCUGUAUUUUGUAAAUAUUUUACUGAUUCUCCCUCCUUCAUAGAGAGAAGCUGAAAAUACUACAACAGUUAGGCAGUCAGAGACAGCCUGAUGGUGCUUAAAAAAGGAACUGGAAGGGAUCUGGGGGGGUGCCUGCAAGGAGUUACCUGAGUGGGACUGUGGUAACAGUUGAUGUGUCUGACAAGGUAGCCCCUUACUCACAGGGUUUAUACACUCCCUUGGCAUGGGCUGCAUGCCAGUGCCACUCUGGCUUCUGUCCCACAUCUAAUUCCCAAGAUCUUUUUUGACUCAGGAGCACCGGCAGCAGCAGCACUUGGGUCAGCAGUGCAGUGUCUGCCUGGGAGACUCAGAGGCACCUCAGCUACAGCCUGCAGCAGAAGGUUGUGACUUCAGUGGCAUCUUCUGCUUUGAACCUGGGUCAAAAGCUUAGGGGUAGGAUCUUGCUGCCAAAAAUCUCUUCUGGUGGCUUAUUAUCAGUGUGCUGCUGCAGCAGGGGUAGCAGCCUCUCUCUGUGUGCUCUGGGCCUUUGUGUGGCAUAACUUGAGCACGGACAAGGUCCAAGAUUCAAGUGCUACACGUCAAGACUGCAGAAAGGCCAGUUCCUAUUGACCUUGUAUAGUCACCUGGAUCUUACCAAAGUUCACUCAAAGCAAUGCUCUUUAUAAAUGAUUUAAGGGCCCUGAAUCUCAUAACUGUCAAUACAGAUAAGAGAGAAUUCAGCUUAAAAGGAAGAGAUAGCAGACCAAUUCAGCGUAAGAUAAUAGUUUUUGGAAGCUCAGGAAAAUAACUCAUGCUGUGAUUUCCAAAUUAAUGCUAAUAAAAAGCCUGAACUACC